UGGCUGCUCACUGUCAUCUGUAUUGUGCAGUAACAGAGAGUAGAGUUUAUAGUUCCUGUUUGAAUUUUCAUUGAGUGCCAAGGAGUCCUGAAACGAGAUACAUACUAUGUAAAACAGGAAUUUUAAUUAUGCUAUACUUUGAUUUAAAAGAAUGGACUUCCUCUGGCUUUUCUUAAUGUAUGUGAUGUUUCUGGUCAUUUGUGUGUCAGCUCUUUGUUUGUGUUCUGGAAGAUCUAACACCAACUUGGAUAGGAUAUUUCAAAGAGCAGAAAAGGUGAUUUCCUUAGUGCUCCCUACAUGGCUGCAAAGAAAUUACAACAACAUUGUCUAUGAAAGAAGUGCAGCAUUUGUAGUCACACAUCUGGUUCUAGAUGCUCUGGUGUUUGCUGAAUACACCUGGGAGGUGUUUGGCUAUUGCCUGGAACUGGAGAUAAAUUGGCUUUACCUAAUAACACCGUACAUUCUGGUCACCAUCAAGCUGUGUUUCUUCUUCAUGUGUUGUGUAACAGAUCCAGGGAAAGUGACCAAAGAGAAUGCAGAUUCCUACACACAGGUUUAUAAGUAUGACAACGUCUUCUUUCAUCAGGGCAAGAAGUGCCCAACCUGUCACCUGAUGAAGCCAGCCAGAUCCAAGCACUGCGGUGUGUGCGGGUCGUGUGUGCAGCGAUUUGACCAUCAUUGUGUCUGGGUCAAUAACUGCAUCGGAGCCUUUAACACCAGAUACUUCCUGCUAUAUCUGCUCAGCCUGAACCUCACAGUCAUAUGCCUGGCUGCGGUUAUUUCAGCUUUCCUCCUGCAGGUGGUGCUGCUCUCUCACAUGAUGACUGCAUCCUAUAUUGACCCUGAGGGCCAACAGCAGAUUGUGGGCAUCAUUUUCAUUGUUCAGCACCUUUUCUUGACCUUCCCCCGUAUUCUCUUCACACUGGGCUUCCUACUGAUCUUGCUUCUGCUCCUGGGAGGCUACAGCUGCUUUGUGCUGUAUUUGUGUUGCAUUAACCAGACUACCAAUGAGUGGUACAAGACGAGGAAGCACAGCUCCACUGCUGGUUUACCCUUCGGAUCGCCAAAGGUUUAUUCACGUGGAUUCCUAGGAAACGUGCAAGAAAUCUUCCAACCCCACAAUUAUUACAAAAAAGACAGAUAAGGACCCCAAAGCUGUGCUCCUCACUCAAGAAUAUAUAUGGUUCUUCUUUGUAGAAUCAGGAGAAAUAGCAGAAAAAAUAUCAAGAGGGCUCUUCCCAAAAGGAGUUGACCAGCAAGGGUCUUAUAUGGCGACAUAAAUAUCAAUUGUAAAGUGUGACGCCGCAGAAAGGCAGAGCUGAAGGCAAAAGAUAUAGCGACUAAUUCUAUAUUGAAAAGGAAUUUUUAUUUCUUUUUUCUAAUAAAACAUAAAUGUACAUACUUUAUGGGAAGCAUCUACUAGGAUGAGUACCCAUCACUAAAACAAUUUUACCAUAAUACAAAAAAAAUACAAAAUUGGUUAAUUGAAUUAUACCAUAAAAAGUUGAUAACA